AUGUUAUCAAUUCUAAAACGUGUUAUUUCCAUAACAGGUCGACAAAUUCAACUUGUUCCUCAUCAGCAAGUUACUGCUGAUGUUAGUUAUAUCAAUUCAUCCUCAUUAUUAUAUCAACGUUAUUUACGUUGUCAAUUUUUUUCAACUGAUGUUCAAUCGGACGCGCAAUCCUCAUCUCAAUCGCAACGUCAAACUGGUAUUGUUAGUAAAUUUUUUACUGAGAAAGGUUUUGGUUUCAUUACAAAAUCAAAUGGAUUAGAUAUAUUCGUUCAUUAUAAAAAUAUAAAUCGACCAGGGUUUCGAUCAUUAGAUGAAGGACAAAGUGUUGAAUUCGAUAUUGUAAUGGGACAAAAAGGAGAAGAAGCAAGAGAUGUCACAAUUAUUUCUGAAUCCAGUCUUCCAGACCAACAAAAACGAUCACUGUUUUCUGAACGUGUUGGCAGAAGAAGUACAAGAUCCAGUAUAAGAAAUGAAGUAGAAAUGGGUUCGAGUUCUGAACAAAGUGUUUCACAAGGUCGUCUUCUUGGUACCGUGAGACGUUUUUCAAAAGAGAAAGGUUUUGGUUUCAUACUUAAAUCCGAUGGUACCGAAGUUUUUGUUCAUUUUUCCAAUAUUAAUCGACCUGGUUUCAAAACAUUAGAAGAAAAACAAGAAGUUGAAUUUGAAGUUGUAGAAGGGCCAAAAGGUUUAGAAGCAAGAAAUGUUACCAUACGAGAAUAG